UUGGCUGGACCGAGAAGUUAAAUCACGGAAAAGAUAUGUGUUGCUGCUUAAUCUAGACUGCAGAGGAGGAUCAGUGAGGACGCAGGAGCGCAGCCUCUGGAAUACUUCAGCCUUUUGUUCGUCUUUCUGAAAGAGAUAUGGAGUCAGCCAUUCAGACGCUGGUGACCACGUUUUUGAGUUCUUCCAGGGGGAAGGAGAACCUCGAUGGGAAAAGCUUCCAGAAGAUGGUACAGAAACAGCUCGGCGGCCUCAUGGAGGAUACAAACAGCUCCUCUGCCAUUAAGGAGAUGCAGCAGGGGCUGGACGUGAACAACGACGGAAAGGUCAGCUUCCAGGAAUACCUCUCUCUGAUUGGCUACUUGGCCAACUCCCUCAGCCAGAGCAAGACUGGAAGCAGUGCGGACGCGUCGUAGAUGCUCGAGAAGCCGUAGGAGAUCCACAGAUUAACAGUCCGAUUCUGAGCUUUGGAGCUUCUGUUCUCAUUGCCAAACAGUGCAGCCGUCAUGUAUUCAUUCUGUCCAUAAUCACGUUUACUGAGUUUAUCAACCAGAUGUGUAAUUCUCUGAUCUCAACAUCUGUCCAUAUCCACCUUAUUGAUCUCCACCGAAGUACUCUUUUUUUUUAUACCAAUUACAUAAAAGAUGCUUGUUGUGUUUUCAAAUAAACUCUUUAUAUUAAA